AUGGAAAAUGGCAUUCCUGAUAUUUAUCUGGGAAAUUCCAGCGACGAAGACUCACAGAGCUCAAUUGAGGACGAGACUCAGAACAUAGAGCUGAGCUCUAGCGAUCCCGAGUCUGAUGCGUCGAUCUCGUCGAUCGACGAUAGCUCAGAUUCAUCAGACUUGUCUAGCACAGAUUUCCAGGACGCGAGCGAAAUCAUUCAGGAGCCGGCCAAACUUUCGUACUAUCGGCUGGAAAACAAACCGAGGCUCUUUCAGGGAAACAUCAACUACCUGCGAUUUUUCCAGGCCGAGAAGCGCAGAUUUCUUUCGUAUACGAGUCCGUUCGGACGCUCCAACCUGGUGGGAACUUAUGUGUCGACCGCAGGUUUUAGAUACCGACGCAAGGAUGAAGUUAAUGAAGCGGGCACGUACUGGUCGGCGGACGACAAAGACACGUUCUUCGAGCUUCUGGCGCGCUAUUCCAUCCACAGAGCCGACAUUAUACAGGAAAAGCUACCAUCGAAAUCAAUCGCGGAUAUUUUGGACUAUUACAAGCUACUGAAACGCGAGCUACAACAGUACAAGCGACACAAGCGACGAUUGCUGAAACUGGUGUCGUACGACGAGAUUCCUGCGAGUUACGAAAUGAGCAGCGAGUUCAUCGAGAUGGAGGAGUCGCAGGCGUUUCUCCUCAGGUCGGUGGCCAACAUGCGGGACUCGGACACAAAUUUCCGGUUCAAAAAGAUGCAUCCAGGCUUGAACGAGCAAGAUCUGCUGGACUACGAGCGCAUGGCGGACAUGGCUAAUGCUCUGUAUGCGAAUAAUCAGCUCCUGGAUCCUGCUACCGGGAUCAAACGCAGGCUGUCCAAGCCGAUGGUUUUGGACGAAGAAACAAAGUACAUUUUGCGCCAUGUUGCGAAGAACAUGGCCUACGAAGUGGUUCUGACUGUUCUGGAGGACAAAAUCGAGGCUCACGACGAGUUUGAGAUCACGCAGAGCGACGUGCAUCGCGCUUUGGCCCAAAUGAAGGUGCGCAGACCAAUUAAAUUGAAAGAUUACUGGUCGAACAUUGGCUGGAGAUUGGGGCUGGAAUUUGGGCGACAAAUGCCAAGCGGACGACAGAGGCUAAAUAAGCUGGUUCCGUACGAGAUCAACGGCUUGGAGGAGCCUCGCCAAAAGGAAAAGACACCUAUUUUCGACAUCGAAGGAGACGAGAUCGAACAGGUGAUGGAUGGUGCUCUGCCAUUUGAGAGCGCCGUUUUGAACCCGACCCCGGUGAGCGAGCUUUCCCAAAAACCAGCCGUGGCUGAGCCAGACGAAGUUCUAAGCGAGCAGCUGCUGGAGUUGGAGACAGCGCUGUUAGAGAGAAAAGAUCAUGAGGAGUCCGUCAAACAGGAAAAUUGGCUGCUACAUUAUUUGAGCUGUCGUGAGAACGAGAUCAUGCAGAACGACGCCGAUCUUAUCCACGAAUACGUGGAGAACAAGUACCGUGACCACGAGCCUGCGGAACUGCCCAAAGUUCCAGACCACCCGCACAUCACCAACGAGAUGUUGUUUCUACACUCGUUCGACUAUGCAAAUUACGAAUCAGAUUAAAUAUCGUUACAACUCCUCGUCCUCUUGUUCUAGACCCCUUUCGAAUAUCUCCUUUCCUGUGAGCCUUCCCUGAUGCACCUGCUUGAAGCGCUCGUUGAGCCUGGAGUCGAUUCCCAUCUCGGCACGGAACUUCAAUCUCCACUGGGCAAAGUUCUCCUUCGUCACCUUGGUGCCGGAAAACUUUUUGUGUUCCUCGUAUUCUCUAGCGCGGCGCUCUUCCUCGUACUUCUUCUCCUGUGCGGUCACUUUAUCCUGAAAAAGUGUCUCGGCAUGUUCUUUGAGCAAGGACGUAAGCGUGAAUAUGCUAGGCAUACCAACGUUUUCCUCGGCGUUCUGGUUGACAAAGUCCAGCAGAUCCAGCAAAUCGUCUCUGUCGAACUCGACGGUCUCGGAGAUAUUGAGUGUGCUUUCGGGCGCCUCAUCAUGCUCCUGUUCAAUGCGCAAUUGCGGAACCACCUCAGGAUACGUCUCUGGGUACUUGACGUCGAGGAUUAGGGUGUGCUUGCGGUCUGUGCCGGUGUCAAGCAACAGCGACACGCGAAAUUCUGUGUCUGAUACUAUCUCCAGCUCGUCAGGAUAUAUGCUCUGUAGAAUCUCGAUCUCCUGCUUUUGUUCCUCAAGAUAGUCCAUG